AUGAAGCCCGCAGACGUCGACUCACCGGUCUUCGUCACAGCCUACCGAAAUGUGUUAUAUACUUCCUCACUAGCCUCCUCCGCAACGGCCUCCUCGGUCUCGGUAUGUUCUGAUGCAUCGUCUCAACUUUCCGCCGACUACUCCACAACUUCCUCCCUUACCGACUACUCCGACUACCUACCUCAGUCCCGACCAUCUCUCUCCCAGCAGAGCUCCUGCGCAUCUCUGAGGUCCAGCAGCAUCCUUCCUCAGGGUCUUCGCCAAAAUCCUAGGCGGACUUCAAGUAGUGCGACAUCUCGAAACGGCUGCCCUCCCCCGUUGGUCAGACAGGUCGAGCGGAAGCACAACUUCGUCGACAAUCUUGUCGAUUCUUCCACUCAAAUCGUCGAGGCCAUCUGGCCCACGUCUUCUGUGGUAUGCCGCGAAGAGGCUAGCAACUCAAGCGUUCUGCCUCUGCGGACCUUCAUCCAAGAGACUCUGCGCCGUUCUCGGACAAGUUACUCGACCCUGCAGGUCGCACUUUAUUAUUUAGUUUUGAUCAAGGAUCACCUUCCUGAUCGCGACUUUACUAUGGAGCAGGCUGACGACUGCCAUGCCAGUCGCGCUCUUCAAUGCGGUCGCCGGAUGUUCCUCGCAGCUCUGAUCCUAGCUUCGAAAUAUCUGCAAGACAGGAAUUACUCGGCCCGCGCCUGGAGCAAGAUAUCAGGCCUCGCGACACACGAAAUCAACCAGAAUGAGAUGGCAUUCCUCCUCGCGGUCAACUGGAACUUGCACGUCACCGAGGAAGUUUACAACCGCUGGACCGACUGCGUCAUGAAGUUUACGCCAUCCCAGCCCCCAUCGCCAGGAUCUGGUGUUGCCCUCGUCGAAUUCGAGCACCAAUGCGAGGACUUCAAGAGGAUCAUACUCCAGUUGAACUCAGAUCUAGACAAUCUGGAAGAUAUUGUGUCGAUGGGUGGAUUUACUCCCGCGCCUUCCAUGAGCCCGAGGUCAUUGUCGCCGCGAUCAGUCCUGGCUGCAGCCCAGGAUAAAUAUGAUUGUAUCUCCAGCAAUGCUACGCCGACCCCGAGAGCUUACAGCACUCCUCACACGAUGGAACCUGCUCCGUCACCGGCGCAUACCGUUGUUCGAUUGCCGCCGACGUUUGGACUGCUUCCUACGCCACGCCUUACCCCCCAGCCCAGUGCUGCUCGCGAGCCGUCCCCUGGAUUGGCUAGCCUGUCGCACUGUUUUGGCAGGAGCUCUUCGAUGAGCUUGGCAAUGGGCGCAGCUGGCAAUGUUCAGAUGGACAGGUGGCCAACUACGUCGUCACCGCAGAAUUACUACACGGCAACACGUCGAUCUUCGCUUGCCAACUCGGUCUCAACACCGUCUUCACCCGAGUCCAUGAUAUCGGACACGUCUCGAACGUCUCGCUCUUCCUCAAUCUCAUCGGCUUCAUCGCUGACUAGCGCGCCGCACACCAAGUUGGAUGUGCUGGCGCGCUGCCGUUCCGCGAAGCUGUGCAGUGAGAGGUACGCGCUGAGGCCAACUAUCGCGUCGGUCCCUGAAGACUAUGAAGAGAACUUGACUUCCUCCCCCGAGUCAUACACCGGACCGGUGAGCGACUUGAAAGGCAUGUCGCUCGAGACACUCACAACCAAGAAAGAAUGCGAGAUCGAUGAUGCCACCAACGACGCAGCUCGAGCUCUCCAGGAACUGCAUGACAACUGGCGCCGCUCGCAUGCUACGCAGCAGCUGGCAACAUCGGCUCCCAAGGUCGGUUCUAAGCGAAGCCGUCCAAUCUCAGUUGAUCACGGCCUUCAGGAGAAUGUCCGUGGGAUGUUGCGUGAGCAGUACACCUCUGUAGGCUCCGAUGAUAGCUACCAGGUGCCCCUCCCAACAUCCUCGCACGAUGGCAGAAAGCGAAUUUGUUGCUCAGCAGAGGCUGCUCAGUACAGCAUUCCGUCUAUGCAUCCUGCGAUGGGAGGAUUGGGAGGUCCCGGAAUGUGGGCCGGCAUUUUGAAUUAA